AUGGAGAGACCCAAGUCUGGGUGGUUGCGGAUUUUCAAGUCCAAGUACUCCAAGAACAACCAGCCAAAGGCUCCGGACUGUGGACCGUCUUCCGAGAACCGUCCGCCUAUAUCUUUCCCCGACGGUGUUGCAGUGCUCCCCAGAGCUCGUCUACACACGUACGGCUAUGACGUGUACAUUGUGCGGAAAUCAGUUGCGGGAUCGAACCGGCUUCUCGACCAUGCCACGAACCUUCUGACCGACUUGACGACAGACAGAGCUUCCUGCGAUGCGUCAUCUCGUCCCCUCAUUUUCGUCGCACACUGCCUGGGCGGCCUGGUCUGCAAGGAGGCUAUUCUGCUCUCGCGGAAUAAUCCCGAAGCUCAUCUUCGGGACAUAUUCGAUUCCACCAUCGGCACCAUAUUUAUGGGCACUCCGCACAAGGGAGCUUGGAUGGCCGACUGGGCUAGGAUACCGGCUUCGGCUCUUGGUCUCGUAAAGCCUGCCAACAAGUCGCUGUUGAAUACUUUGGAGACGGAUGACCAGUUCCUCGAGUCUAUGCGGAUCAUGUUUUUGUCAAUGAUACGAGAACUACGAGAAGCUGGCAGGCGCCUGGAGAUCACAACCUUUUUGGAAGAAUUGCCUCUCCCUGUAUCCGGAAAGUUUGUGUCCAAGGACUCGGCGACUUUUGAAGGUUACAAUGCCAUCAGCAUCCAUGCAGACCAUAUCAACAUGGUCAAGUUUGGCUCUGUGGAAGACAAUGGGUUCAAGAGGCUGCUUGGCGAGCUGACCAGAUGGACGCGAUCGGUUGAAGAAGCGCGGCGGUCCCAAGAUUGUUUAAGGUCGCUGGCCUUUCCAGAAAUGGAUAGCCGAUCUAAGGGCAUCGACGCUGCCGCCGAAGGCACAUGCAAGUGGCUGCUUCGACAUGAGACUUAUAGGAGCUGGUCUACAUGCAACAGCAGCCUGCUCUGGAUCAAGGGAAAGCCUGGUGCAGGGAAGUCAACUUUGCUACGAUACGCCCUUGACAAUACGGAAACAAACGUCAGAGACAAACCCCUCAUUCUCUCGUUCUUCUUUCACGAUCGCGUCCUUUACCAGGUCCUCAGCCAGAUCCCCAACGCACUGCCAGGCCUUGUCGCUGCCUUCCAGGAACGGCGCAACAAUAGGGGUGAGCCUGGUAAAGAGUGGCACUGGCAUCCAAACGAGCUACAGGACUUCUUCAAGUCGUCGCUUCCGAAGAUCUUGGACAGUCGCUCAGUCUGGUUAUUUGUCGAUGCGCUAGACGAGUGUGACAAAAAGUCUGCAAACGACCUCGUCCGGAAGUUUGAGCCCUUAGUCCAGAGCCUCCCGCGUACUAGUUUUCAAUUCCGCAUCUGCUUUACCUGUCGUCACUACCCGAUUCUAAAGUGGAAUUGCGCAAUCGAAAUAUGCCUUGAGCAUGAGAACACACAGGAUAUUUCAGCCUAUGUACAAGCCCGGCUUUCUGCGUCCCGUAGGCUAACAGUAUCUGCGAUUCCGGCCAUAGUUACGGAACGCGCCUCCGGCGUUUUCAUGUGGGCGCCCCUUGCAGUAGACCAAGGUCUGGACCUCGACAAUGAAGGAGAAAGAUUGGAGAAGAUCGAAAAGAAGGUCAAUUCUAUUCCUCCAGAGUUGGAUAGCCUAUACCACGAGUUUGUCCAGGGCAUGGACGAGAGGCCGGCGUCCUUGAAGCUGAUCCAAUGGAUCUGCUUUGCUCUGCGGCCACUGUCACUUGACGAGUUGCGAUGGGCCAUGGUAGUUGACGCCAAUUGCCCAUACAGGACAUUGAAGGAAUGCCGGAACGCUGAAGACUUUGCAUGUGACUGCGACAUUAGAAUCAGAACACUCAGCUGCGGUCUUGCCGAAGCCGUACCAUCGUCCAGGGCACAUGUCGUACAGUUUAUCCACCAGUCAGUCAAGGAUUUCGUCCUUGAGAAGGGCCUAUUCGUUCUAUAUAACAGCUCGAAUACGACCCGUUUAGCAGCCGGAAUCGCACACUAUCAGCUGUCCAGGACCUGCAUACGGUACUUCGCAAUGGAGGAGAUCGCUUUGCUAAGACGCCGCCGCAGUCGUUCUCGCCUGCUAUCUGCCUUUCCUCUGCUGCACUACGCUACGACCUCAUGGGUGAUUUUGCAGAUGGCAGACCAGGCUGGCACUGAUAUUGAUGCCAGAGAUGAGUCUGGCAAGACGCCACUGUCAUGGGCUGCUAGGAAUGGGCAUGAGGCUGUUGUGAGGCUGCUGCUUGCGACUGGGAAAGUCAAUGUUGAUUCAAAAGAUGAGGAUGACAAGACGCCACUGUCAUGGGCUGCUGAGAAUGGCCAUGACGCUAUUGUAAGGCUGUUGCUUGCGACUAGGAAAGUCGAUGUCAAUACAGAAGAUGUGUAG